AUGUCGAGCGGGCUGUGGAUGUUGCUGCCCGGGUUACUGUGCUCCGUCUUGCCGGUGGGCAGCGGGCGGCGGCUGGGGAGCGGCCCGGCGGCACCGAGUGUCUCCCGGGCCAGGUGCACUUCGCGCUGCCUCGCGCUGCACAUCGCACACCUGAGCGCGAGCUUCAGGAGCCUGCAGAUUUAUGAGAUUUUAACUUGGUGUGAAGGUCACAGGAGGUGCGCUCAGUGUCUACGGCCUUGCAAAGAGUUAUGGGACACUGAUGAAAACCAGUGCCGGCGACAGUGUGAGAAACACCAUGAAUGUUUGACAAGUUGUGAGUUUCUGAAAUCCAUUCGGAUGCUGAAGCAAGGUGAUUGUCCAGCACCACAGAAAGCCUCCGGCUUUGCAGCAGCCUGUGUCCAGAGCUGCAGUUCAGACACAGAAUGUCCAAGCUCUAGAAAGUGUUGUUCUAAUGGCUGCGGCCAGACCUGCCAAGCACCAUCAAAUAUGUUCAAGGGUGUUCCAUUAAAGCCCAGGAAGGAAUUGAGCUUCACAGAAGACAAAAAUGGAAACCUAGCAGUUGCAUGGAUGUCCAAGUUUAAUAUUUCUAUGGAACCAGUAUUUUAUAUAUUGCAGAGAAGAUGGAACUCUGGAAUGUAUCCAAGUGAAGAUGAUGCUAGCAAGUGGGAGACCGUUGCUUAUACAAUAGAGGAGCAUGUUGAUCUGAAAAAUAUGAGACCAAACAUAUGGUACCAGUUCAGAGUAGCAGCAGUCAACAUCCAUGGAACGCGAGGUUUCACUACCCCCAGUAGACACUUCCACUCAUCCAGAGAUCCCACACCGCCAAGUGCACCAAGAAACUUGUGGAAAGGCAACUUUACUGCGAGGCAUAACAGUGUUUUCAGUCUUAUAAUUCACUGGGAUCCACCCGAAGAGGAAGAUCUCUUCAUUCACCAUUACAGAAUUUACUGGAGUCAGUGGGUUUCCAGGAAAACUAUUUUCUUCACAAAGAAAGAAAACUGGAAGAUAGUUGAAGGAGAAAAGCAUGAAGUUGAGAUUGAAGGUUUACAGCCAAACACACAAUAUCUGGUGCAAAUGCAGGCAGUGGCUAACUGGGGACAAAAACGGUCAAAGAGCAGCAAAGCUCUCUUCUUUUUUAAUACCCCUUCCACAGACAUCCAAUCAAAUCAUGGCAGUGCUACAGAUGAGGUGUCCAAUGAGCUUCCAUCUCUUGAUGAGAUGUUUGACAUUCAAAGUCUGGAGGCAGCAGUUCCCUAUUUCCAUGGUAACCAGCUGCAAGUUAAAGUACAUUGGAAGAAAGCAAAAGAAGAAAGUCUUAAGGAUCACAAUCUCUACCUGUUAACAUGGGUACCAGAAUCCUGUGCCAAGAGCAAUUCACAAAUACAGCAACAUGCAACUGUGAAGGGCACACACUUCGUUAUCACUGGUCUCUUAUUUGCUUGUGAGUAUAAGGUGACUGUGCAACCCAUCAUUCUCCAGGGACAGCCAAAACAAGCUGUGACCUAUGUUACAACUCCUCACUGCAGCAAUUCAAUUAAAGCCAAAGUCCUGAAACGCCUACUCUGUGCACGUAAUGGAAUUCGCCAGAUGUCCAGUCAAACGUCUGAAAAAGUCAUGCUGAAAGCAGAGAAACUAACUGCUGCCUUUGUUUCUGAAAAUGGUUCUGUCAGUGUAGAGUUUCACUGGCAGGUCUCACAGAAUCAACCCCAUCAGUUAGUCACUGGGUACCAAUUCAACUGGACGGAAAUAUCCGCUGUUAACAGACCGGUUGUCAUACCAGAUGUGGUAAUUUCCCAAACUCAAGUGUUGCCACCAGAUCAGCCCUUUAUUACGAUCCUCAAUCUUAAGCCUCUGACAACUUAUGGGAUUCAAGUUCAAGUACUGUCUACAACUGGCAAAGGCCCAGCAACUGUCAAAACAUUUCAGACUCCACAGGUUUACACUACAGUCUCAUAGAGGUGCUAACCAAAACAAUCAGUCGAAUCUGGUGUCAAGAUGCUCACAGUGAGAGUGGAAUUUCAACAAAACUUGGAAUUAUCAUGACAGUAACCAAAGCUGUUCGUGUUCUAACAAUUGAGCUGUUUAUAUAACUACUCGGAAGAUUGAGCUUUCUGGAUUUUCUGCCUCUGCCUUUGUCAUUGUGUUUAUUGAAAUGUAUAAUUGUUUCAUAUUUCUUCAAUAUAUACUUGGCAUUUAUAGUUAAAUCUCCAGUAUCUCAGAAAAUCCUGGAUUAUUAUAAUUGAGGAAACAGGCUUGUGGUAAUCUUGCUUCCCUUGACAUUGAAAACAAUCUAGAGACAAACAGAAAACUACUAAUUACAAUCUGAGCUAAAAGAGAAUUCAAUAUGAAUUAUGGAAAGACACAUCAUGGAAUGAGUUAAAAAUUGAUAACUGUCCAAACCACAGGAAAUUCAAUGCCAAAGACUAGUAGUUGUGGUUACAGGAAAACAGACUUAAUAGGCAAAGCUUACAAGUGAUGAUAAUAAAUAUUUGGAACUUCUUUUACAUCCCCCUUUCUGUUAACUAAUAUCUAUCAUAAGCCUGUUUUCUUUUUGCAUUGUAUCAGACUCUCCCUCCCUCAGGAAAUGAAAUCAAUUGAGUAUUUAAGCACAGGAAGGCAGU